UCACGAGUUGCUUAGUUCGUUGUUUGAAUACUACAAACAACACUGUAAAAGCCCCAUUAUUUUAUGACUUAUUUAUGCGUAAUGUGUUUUUCAAUGUAGUCACUUCAUAUAGCUUUUCGAGGUGGUCAAUAAACAUUUAGGUUGGCUACACAGCAAAAUGAACAAGAGGCUUUUUAUCUGCGUUAUUUGGUAUUUUAUUGCGGAAAUUCAUGGAUCUGAUCCAGAUUAUGUCUACUCAGUACCUUCUAAGGAAUGGGAAAGUUGUCCAGAAGGCGAUUCUAUACCGUGUGGAGAAGUUGUCAAUACAAACAAUACAGUGUUAAGAUAUGAAAGAUUAAAUUCAACGGUUUCCUCGCAACCAGUUCCUAGCGAGGACUGCCGUUGGAUAAUUCAGGCACCAUCUGGAACAAAAGUUUUUCUGGAAACAACUUGCUAUCAUCAUUAUCACAUCAAUUAUACAGAUGAAUAUCGAACAUGUACAAGUAUCUUGAUAGACCAUCCAAACUGGACUGAAACAAAGCUGUGUGGAAACGGUUAUCUUGUCCAAGGGCUUGUUCAGAGCAAUCUAGCCAAUUUUACAGUUUAUUACAAAGAUGGAAUGCCGAGAGAUUUAGGUUUUACUGUAAAAAUAACAUUCAUUGGCGAAGAGCUUCCAACAGCGACACCAAGUGUCAUAUCCACAUCUCAACCUGAAUCAACAACAAGCAAUGUAGAGUCGAACAAAAUUAACCUUAUAUUUCUACUUUUUGGGCUUUUUGUAACUUUUAGCUUACAUGUUUAUGCAUAGACUAGAAAACAGUCAUCCAGUGGACAGGCCUCAUACACCGGCAGUGUGAGUAUUUUAAUUACUUGACAAGCUGCCUGAUUUUAAA